UCGGGCGCCCGGGGCGCGCGGAGAGGGCGCGGCGGGCGGCGGGAACCAUGACAGAAGAUGACCGAGGCAGCGCUGGUGGAGGGCCAGGUCAAGCUGCGGGACGGCAAGAAGUGGAAGAGUAGGUGGCUGGUGCUGCGCAAGCCAUCGCCGGUGGCAGACUGCCUGCUGAUGCUGGUCUACAAGGACAGGAGUGAACGCUCCAAGGGUCUGCGGGAGCGCAGCAGCCUCACCCUGGAGGACAUCUGUGGCCUGGAGCCUGCCCUGCCCUAUGAGGGCCUGGCCCACACUCUGGCGAUCAUCUGCCUGUCCCAGGCCGUCAUGCUGGGCUUUGAUAGCCAUGAGGCCAUGUGUGCCUGGGACACCCGUAUUCGCUAUGCACUGGGCGAGGUGCAUAGGUUCCAUGUGACGGUAGCUCCUGGCACCAAGCUGGAGAGUGGUCCAGCCACUCUGCACCUCUGCAAUGACAUCCUUGUCCUGGCCAAAGACAUCCCUCCAGCCGUCAUGGGGCAGUGGAAGCUAUCUGACCUCCGUCGCUACGGGGCUGUGCCAAAUGGAUUCAUCUUCGAAGGCGGGACCAGGUGUGGGUACUGGGCUGGAGUCUUCUUCUUGUCCUCAACUGAGGGAGAGCAGAUCAGCUUCCUGUUUGACUGUAUUGUCCGAGGCAUCUCCCCGACCAAAGGCCCAUUUGGACUCCGGCCAGUUCUUCCAGACCCAAGCUCUGGGGGGCCCACAGCCUCAGAGGAGCGUGUUGCCCAGGAGGCGCUGGAGGCCCUGCAGCUGGAGAAGCGACUUAGCCUGCUGUCACACUCCGGCAGGCCAGGCAGUGGAGGGGAUGAUCGAAGCCUGUCCAGCUCCUCUUCCGAGGCCAGCCACUCAGACAUCAGCGCCAGCAGCCGCCUCACUGCAUGGCCAGAACAGUCCUCGUCCUCAGCCGGCACAUCGCAGGAAGGGCCGGGGCUGGUGGCUGCCCAGGGUCCCGGAGAAGCCAUGCUGGGAGCCUCCAGGCCGCCACCCCUCAAGCCACUGCGGCCGCGACAGUUACAGGAGGUCGGCCGCCAGAGCUCCUCCGACAGUGGCAUCGCCACGGGCAGCCACUCCUCCUACUCGGGCAGCUUCUCAUCCUACGCUGGCAGCAGCCUGGACGUGUGGCGGGCUGGAGAGGAGUUUGGUUCUCUGCUUAGCCUGCCGCCUGGAGCCAGCGCACCUGAGCCCAAACUGUGUGCCUGCCCACCAGGGGUGGCCGAGUACCAGGUGCCCACCUCCUUACGACAGCACUAUGACACACCUCGAAGCCUGCGCCAGGCCCCCAGAGACCCAAGCCCAGCCUCUCAGGGCAGCUCUGACCACGGUUCAGCCACGGACUUGGGUGGUCAGGCACCUCCGGGGUGUCCCGCCAGUUGCCUGGGAGCGCGACGACGGGGCCAGGCAACAGAAGGCCCCGGCAGUGAAGCCACGCUGCCCAGUCCGUCCCCUGGCGAGUCCUGGGAAGCAGGCAGCCCCCAUGCGGGCCCACCUCCGGCUUUCUUUUUGUCAUGUUCAGUCUGUGGCGGACUCAAGGUCAUGGCUACUUCACCUUCUGGACUCAUGGGGACAUAUCCAGGAUCUCCAGGGCCCAUGGCGGCUGACAGCCCAGGGCCGGAACGACCACACAGCGAGAUGCACACGUAUGUGAAUAUCCCCAUCAGCCCUACCUCCCGAUUGCAGUUGCACUACAUGGGCCUGGAGUUCCCAGGGGCCAGUGGAGGUGUGCGAGGUGACUCCUCCUCCCGCUAUGCCCAGAUUGACAUCACAGCUACCGAGACAGCGCAUCGUGUGGGGGUCCGGCAUGCACAGACUCGGGAAGAACGAUUGCCAGAGUUGGAGCAGCGGAAGAAAGGGCCCUGA